AGGAAGCACAAGAAGCAUUGUCCAACGAACCCCACUCACUCCUUUCCCACUAUAAAACCAACCUAUGAUUCUCCACUCUCUAUAGAUUUCCCCUUUCUUACUUAGACGCACCAAAUGGCAAGCUCUGCAGUCAAGUUUAUGGCUUUGUUUCUGAUUCUAUACUAUGUGGGAUCGAGUUUGGCGGCAGAGCACACAGUCGGUGACCAGCUUGGUUGGCGACCGCUUGUUAACUAUUAUAGUUGGGUUCGUAGCAAGUCCAUUAAGCUAGGCGACACGUUGGUGUUCAACUAUGAUGCUGCCAAAGAUUAUAGCGUGGCGGAGGUGACACAGUUUAAGUUCAUCGCUUGCAAUGCAAGUAAUGCUAAGUUCUUCGACGAAAGCGGGAACAGCACGGUGACCCUGGUCGAGUCCGGCCAGCAUUACUUCAUGGCCGAAGGCCAUUGCUCGGAUCAAAUGGUGUUUUCGGUGCUGGUUUGAGGGGGGAAGUGAAACAGACACUUUUUUGCAUUAUUAGUUCAAUAACAU